AUGUAUACUAACUUUUGACAAAUAGUGACAGAUUUGUUCAUAAACAAAACCAGACAUUUUUUUUAGUGUCUUUAAAUUUUGAGUUUGAGUGUACGCAAAGUGGCAACACCGUGACUUGUUUUUCAUUUGACAUUGACACAAACACACACAUACAGACACAUAAUUCCAGCCGGUGGUGGGUGGCAGAAAAGGACGACAAACCAUUGCGGUACCAUUCCCAGGCAAUUAGUAUUGCAACGGCUUUUUUGUGGAGCUACACUUUGGGCCGCACUGCCCAGUUCCGUUUGUUAUCAAAGAACCUGAACUUCAAUCAGUUCGAAAUACCGAAAUUCACAUUUAAGUAAAGUGUUCUGUUGUGUUGUGUUCGACGUGCGAUCACAGUUGAAUUUCGUCGUUGUUUCUAACAACACUUGAUUUAAUCCACGUAAAUAAAAAAAACCUUCAAAAGGAAAAUGGCUGGUACACUGCCCCCCCUCAACGAUGAGCCCAUCUACAAGAAGCUUCAGGAGUAUUACAAUGGCCACAACAAGGAACUGGUCAUUAAGGAUCUCUUUGUCAAUGAUCCCAAGCGAUUCACCAAAUACAGCUUGCGUCUGCAAACGCCAACGGAUGGUGAAAUUCUGUUGGACUACUCCAAGAAUCGUGUGAACGAAGAUGUUUGGCCUUUGCUCUUGGAGCUGGCGAAGGCGCGUCGGGUGGAGGCGGCGCGAGAUGCCAUGUUCUCUGGCCAGCACAUAAAUAUAACGGAAAAUCGUGCUGUGCUCCAUACGGCAUUGCGUAAUCGUGGUCUCGAACCGGUGCUGGUGGAUGGCAAGGAUGUGAUGCCGGAUGUACGUGCUGAGCUGCAGCAUAUGAAGGAAUUCACCAAUAAAGUGAUCUCGGGUGUUUGGCGUGGUUGUACCGGCAAACAGAUCACCGAUGUGGUCAACAUUGGCAUCGGUGGCUCCGAUUUGGGUCCAUUGAUGGUCACCGAGACGCUGAAACCAUAUGGCAAAGGUUUGCAUUCGCAUUUCGUGUCCAACAUCGAUGGCACUCACAUGGCGGAGGUGCUGAAGAGCGUCUGCUAUGAGACCACAUUGUUCAUCAUUGCAUCAAAGACGUUCACCACACAGGAGACCAUCACGAAUGCCACCUCUGCCAAGGCCUGGCUCCUCGAACAUGCCAAGGAUGAUGAGGCCGUUGCCAAACAUUUUGUGGCUCUGUCCACGAACAAGGAGAAGGUGACUGCCUUUGGCAUCGAUAGCGCGAACAUGUUUGGCUUCUGGGAUUGGGUUGGAGGUCGUUAUUCGCUGUGGUCAGCGAUUGGUUUGUCCAUUUGCCUGUCCAUCGGUUUCGAGAACUUUGAACAGCUGCUCGAGGGCGCCCACUUUAUGGAUAAUCAUUUCAAGACAGCACCACUGGAAAAGAAUGCACCUGUUGUGCUGGCCUUGCUUGGCAUUUGGUAUUCGAAUUUUUAUAAAGCGGAGACGCAUGCGCUGCUGCCGUAUGACCAGUAUAUGCAUCGAUUUGCCGCAUAUUUCCAGCAGGGCGAUAUGGAGAGCAAUGGCAAAUUUGUUAGUAAAUCGGGCCAAAAGGUUGCCUAUAGCACCGGACCCAUUGUUUGGGGCGAACCGGGCACCAAUGGGCAACAUGCCUUCUAUCAGCUCAUCCAUCAGGGCACACGUCUAAUUCCGUGCGAUUUUAUUGCGCCCGCGCAGACGCAUAAUCCAAUUGCCGGUGGCAAACAUCAUAAGAUUCUAUUAUCGAAUUUCCUGGCACAAACCGAAGCCUUAAUGAUGGGCAAGACGAGUGAUCAGGCCAGAGAGGAGCUGUCCAAGGCGGGCUUGUGCGGCAACGAGCUGGACAACUUGUUGCCCCACAAAGUCUUUGCCGGCAAUCGGCCAACAAAUUCGAUUGUAGUCAAAAAGGUUUCACCCUUCGUUUUAGGCGCCUUGAUUGCCAUGUACGAGCACAAGAUCUUCGUGCAGGGCAUCAUUUGGGACAUUAACUCCUUCGAUCAAUGGGGCGUUGAGUUGGGCAAACAACUGGCUAAGGCCAUCGAGCCCGAGCUGGAUCAUUGCGAAGAAGUCUCCGGCCAUGAUAGCUCCACAAAUGGCCUAAUCAAUUUCAUUAAAUCCAACUGGAAGUAAACAACAACAAUAACAACUAUAUUUUGCAGCGGCCCUCCUCAAAAAACGUUUCCCUAUAUUUAUAUAUAUACUGUUCUUGGCACAAAAAUUCUAUAACUAUUAUAUUACUAUAUAUAUUUGCAUGCAUAUUCAAAUUAUACGUAGGUAAAGCAUUUGGUUUGCAAAUUGGCAAAAAUCUCACUAAUCGGUAGUUUACACACCCUAUAUAUAUAU